CUUUAUUUUCCUUUGCAACAGAAACUAUUUUCCCACCAGUUUUCGGUCGGCGUUUGCAAGCACAAGUUGUAAAACGAGGCGAAAAGAUUAUAAUGGAAGUUGAGGUAACCGGUUUGCCAGAACCAACAGUUGUAUGGAUGAAGGACGAUAAACCAAUACAAGAAGCGGGUGUAUCACAGCACCGUCUGCUUUCACAAGGCAACUCCUACAAACUGAUCAUUGAGAAGGGAGAAUCCAGUGACUCAGGCAAAUAUAUGGUAAAGGCCACCAACGCCGGUGGUGAAGCGAAGAGCAUUGCCGAUUGUGCGAUACUCGAACCGACACCAGAACGUUUGCAGGAAGUUGUCAAGACUAUCCUUUAUGAAACACCAACUAAUUUAAAAACUGAAGUAAGUCUGCAUGUUCACUCUUUCACAAAGACUUAAUAUGUAAUAAAAAGUGACAACGAAUUUCACUAUCGAAUUUCAUUU